AUGAGAGCAGAUGCACACGGAGAGUGGCUGACCUCUCUGCUUCUGUUUGUGAUAAAGGGAUUGCGCAUUAGCAUUCUUCCGUUCGAUCUGAAGGUGCUUCUAUUGACGGGCAUAGAGUACGUGGCGGGAUAUGUGUACAAGACCAUGCACAGCACAGCACAGAGUGCAAAAGAGGAAAAAAAAGAAAAAGAAGGUGAAUCGCGGCCUAGAAAGAAGGCUGUGAUACUUGACGGAACGAGCAAGCACGGAGCACUUCUGAAGAACCAGCUGAUAGAGAUGGGAUACACAGUUGUGUACCCUGGAAAAGAAGAGACGCCUUCAGACAGCUGCAUAGCCAUACCUAUCUCGAUAAGGAAUGAAGAGUCAAUUGAUCUGUUCGUUAAAAAGGUGAUCCUUCUGGGCCGAAUUGAUCUGCUGGUAGUAAACUCGGCACAGUACAAAGCAGUAAGGAACAAAAUAAAGCCAAUACAAGGAAUAGAAAAAAAAAUCAUCCCAUCAAGAAAAAAAACAGGAUUCAUCAGCAAGAACGAACUGUACAAAGAAAGCGAUAGGAUACUGCUGGAGAAAGACCUUAAUGCCAGGCGCAACUAUUUAUUUAACUUUCUCCUGAUCAGGGGACUAUCAGACAGUUUGAAAGGAGGCGAUGGAAUGGUGGUUCUGUGCGUGCACAGGGUGUUUAUGCUGGUAAGCGAAAAAAAGAACACUCUUCCCAGCUAUUCUUUCUCUUACUGCAACAGCCAGCUGUUCAACGUGUUUCUGGGCAUGGGAGCAAAGGCAAGGUACAACUAUCUGGACAUUCGCGUGAUAGGAUGCGACUUCCUCAGCGACAUAUGGAUUAAGACAGUCGAGCACUGCGUAAAGCAGAAGAAAAAAGAAGAGCUGCAAUACUUCAACAACUGCACAGCAGGAAAGAUCGAGGGACUGAAUGCAGACAGAGCGAACGACAUAUGGGAAAAUGCAGAGAUUAUAUCCUAG